AUGAAAAAAGAAAGAAAAGAUAAUUAAGUUUAGCCUUUAAAAAAGAACCAAAAUUCUCCUUAGAAUUAAAAUGGUAAUCUCUCAUUUGAUAAGUUACUUAUAUUGCUUAUUAUUAGUAGUCCUUCUCAUCCUUAUGAAACUCCAUAGAAGUAAAACUAAACAAGCAGGGAAGAUUAUAAACGACCUUAUUAAAACCGAAAUAUCUAAUCAAAUGAAGUUCAAUUCGAAGAGUAAUUUUUUAAUAUAUUUAAGCUAAAAGUUUCCUUAAGAAAUCAAUUAUGAGAAUGAUUUCGAAAAUUAAAAAAUAUCAGAAUACUCCCUUGAGAGUAUCAGAAGAGAAGACCUAAUUGAAGAUAGAAUCAACAAACAUACUUUACAUAAAUCAAUCUAUUUUUAUGCAAGGUUACAAAAAUCCUCUUCUCAUAAACAAAACAAAUAACAAAAAUCAGAACCAGAACCAGAAAAACCAGGUAUAGCUAGUAAUCUAUUAAAUGCUUUUAAUCAAUAAAAAUAAUAAGAAACAUAACCAGAAUAUUUUAAUGAUGUAGAAUAUGAGAAAAUCAUACGUAGACACAAAAAAUUAAUUUAAAGGAAUACACUAAAGGAUCCCUAUUAUGUAAGAUUAGUCAAGUUAUCAGAAUUAGAAAGAUUGAAUUAUGAAUUAUAAGUAAAAUUUUGUUAUAUUUAGAAAUACAACGAUAACUUACCUUUUCUAUAAAUAAGGAAAUAUAUUUUAUUCUCUAUUUACAGUAUCCCAAUAAUAGCAAGGAAAAUAGUUGAGAAUUUUUUAUUUAAGCUUUUAAUGACCUUUCUGAUUCUCUUUAAUGUUGUUUUAUAUAUUGUUGUUAAGACCAAUGGAAGAACCGAUACAGAUCAAAUAGAAGAAAUAGUAAUGAUAUUAUUUAUUUCUGAAAUUGGUUUAAGAAUUAUAGCAAGUGGAAUAUUUUUUAAUGACUAUGCAUUUUUUAGAAAUAUGGAAAACAUUUAUGAUUUUGUUUUGAUUUUUUUUACAGCCAUGAAUAUCUAUUAUCCAGAAGUUAUUAUAAUUGAUGUAUCUCCUUUAAGAUUGGUAACACUUUUGAUGUAUUUGACAAACAUUUUUUAAGGUUUGAAUGUAAUGUUGACAGCAUUGAAACAGUCUUUUAAAUUUUUAAUAGAAGCAUUAAUGAUAGUGAUAUUAUUUUCUUUAAUUUUUGCAUCAAUGGGAAUAUUUUUAUUUUAAGGUUUAUUUAAUUUUAGAUGUUAAUAUGAAAAUGGUGAUGAGACUGAUGGUUGGAUUUAAUGUCAUUAAGAUAGGUGUCCAGAUGAUAUGAAAUGUAUGUAUAGUGAAUUUACACCUAAAAUGCCAACAUCUUUUAAUAAUCUCAUUGGAUCUCUAGGAUAAAUAUUGAGAACAAUAACAAUGGAUGAUUGGAGUUGGGUUAUGUUUUUUACAAUGAGAAUCUUUCAUCCAUGGAUAUGGCUUUAUUAUUUAUUAAUUAUUUUUAUUGGUGGAUUCUUUGGAUUUAAUAUAGUUAUUGCUGUUUUGAAGGUACAUUAUUCUGAAGCUACAGAAGAAAAUAAAAAACAUGAGGAAGAAUAAGAAAUUUAAAAGAGAUUGAAAGAAGAAGAAGAAUUUCCAGAAAGAGAUUUACUUGAAACUUUGGAUGUUGCACAUCUAAGAGAAAUUGGAAUUUACAAAGUAAUCAAAAAUUAUAGAACUAUAUUAAAUGAAAAAUCAUUGAUUAAAUAAUAAAUUGAAGAUCCAUCUAGUUUUAAAAAAUCAUAUUAAACAACCAGAACAUUAUCUGCAAGAUAAAAACAAUUAGAAAGUGGAAUUAUCAAAUUACCAUUUGUUGAUUAUGUUACAAGUUUUACAUGGAAAAGAUUUCUACUACCAAAAUUAUAUAAUUUAGAUGGAUUAAUAAAAAAUAUUAAAAUAAAAAAUUAUACAGAAGAUGAAUUUAAUAUGCAAGUUAUUGAAAAACUUAAAGGAAUACAAUUUUCACGAUUAUAACCAUAAGUUAAUAAACAAAUCAAAUAAAAUUUCACAUCUUAAAAUGAAAUUUUAUUAAAAUUAAUGUAAAUUAAUAUAUUUCAUUAUUUUUAGUGAUUAAUAAGAUAUUAUUUAAUAAGAAAAGAAUUUCAAUAUUGAUAAAAUUAGAAACACUAAAUUUAAAAUGAUAUACCAUCUCGUUAAAAUAAAGAAGUAAAAUUAAUUUACUAAAACAACUUUAAAUAAAUCAUUUUUUCCUACCAAAAGUAAAACUUCAUCUCCAUUCAUGAGUAUGCUUUAGAAAAAAUUAGAGUCUUCAGCUGAUUCUUUAAUUUAAUUUGAUAAAUAAGUGGAUAAAAAUUCUAAAUUGGCUCAAUCAGGUACUUGUGAUAUUAUUUAUAAAACAUUUGCUAUUUCUAAAAAUGGAAAACCUUAUGUUUACAUUUAAGGUUAUUACACUAACUAUGAAGGAGUUUAAGAAAAGAUUAACUAAAAAAUACCAAUAAUUAAUCAUAAUGUUGUUUCUAAUUAAUUUAAAUAUGAGGGAAUGAGAAUGAAGGAAUAUUAAAAUUAAAAAACUAUUAGUAAACAUAAUUGGUCAGGAAAAGAUGUUCUAGAAAUAAAUAAAAUAAGAUUGAAAAAGUUUUAUUCAAUUUUAAUGAUGCUCAAUAGAGUAGAUAUAAUCAUUUGGAUAAGUGGUUUUAAGGGAUUAUACAUAAUGUCGUAAAAAUAUACUUAUAUAAUUGUUACAAGUAAUUUUAGCCAAUUCUUUUUUGAUUUAGUAAUUCUUAUUAACUUUACAUUUUUAUCUCUUUAAGGUAUUGUAGAUAUAUCUAUAAUCUCAACAGUUGAGGAUAUAUCAACAAUUUUAUUAUGUUGUGAAUUAGUAAUGAGAUUUUUAGGUUUUAAAUUAAAAGACUUACUAAGAUCAGCAGAUUUGAUAUUAUAGUCUGCUAUAGUGACAUUAAACUUUUUUGAACUAAUAAUGAGUGAUUAUAUGACAACUUUAAGUGAACAAAAUUUAAGAUUGAUUAGAGGAACUAAAUGUUUAUUAUUUUAUAGAUGUCUAAAAUAUAAUAAAAUGGCUAUUACAAUAGGUCAUAUAGCUUCUAUGACAUUCGAUUAAUAUAUUUAUUUGACAUUCUUAAUGUUUUUAGUCAUAUUUAUGUAUGCCUUAAUAGGUAUGGAAAUGUUUGUUGGAAAAUUUGAUUAAUUAGAUUCAUUAGGUUAAUUGCAUUCUUAUGAAAAUAUAUUUAAGUCCUUUAUGACUAUAUUUAACAUUAUGACAAAUGAUGAUUGGUAUGGAGUUUAUGUAAUUGGAAGUGAUGUAGAUCAUACUUUUUCAAUUAUUUACUCUUUUUCUUUAGUUUUGAUUUUAAAUUAUCUGACUUAUGGUUUGGUUAUGGCAGUAUUACUAGAUGGUUUUGGAAAGUAUUUAGAUUAACCAAUUGAAGAAAUUUAGAAUGAAAUGAAAAAAAAUAUUAAUGAACAAUUAUAACACAUAACUUAAAAUUCAGAUGAAAUUUAAAUGAAUUUGGCAGAAACAGUUGAAGAAAUAAUAGUUUCAAAUAAAAAUAUUUCCUAAGAAGAUUCUGGUAAAUCUAAACCAAAUUUAAUAUACAAUCUUAUUAAAUCAAUAAGUAAAUUUAUAAAUAUUAUAAUUUAGAAUAAAUAAAUAAGAAGUUAUUAUCAAGAACUCCAAAAUUAUAUGAAGGAAUAGAAUGUGAAUAAUCUUUGUUUAUAUUUGAGAAAGAUAAUCCUGUUCGUAUAGUUUGCACUCAUUUAACAAGUUCAUUAAUAUAUAUAUAUUUGAUGGACAUAGUUACUUAUUUGUCAAUAAUAGCAUUUAUAUUAAAAACUUACAAUGAUUAUGAAGAAGAUAGUGAAUCCUAUCCAGAUACAAUAUAAUUUUCAUGUAAUAUCAUUUAAUUAGCUGAUACCAUAUUUAAUGUAAUUUCUAAAGGUUUAUUUAUGGAUACAGGAUCUUAUUUAGUAUCAACAUUUUAAGUUUUAGAUUUCAUCUAUUAAGUUUCAAAUAUAAUUGCAUUUGGUAGUAAUCCAGAUGAUUUUAAGCCAAUUUUAAAAAUUUUACUUUAUUUAGGAUAUUUUAGACCAAUGAAAUUAAUGUAUCGAUUAAGUUGGUUGACAAAUUUAAGAGAAGCAAUAGGUAGAUCAUUAUUUGAUAUUUUUAAUGUUGUAAUAACACUUUUAUCUGUUUGGGUGAUAUUUGGUGUUUAUGGAAUAAUCUUAUAUGAAUAAUAAUUUGGAUAUUGUGAAGAUAAGAUGUAAUUUGAAGUAAAUAAAGAAACAUGUUUAAAAGAAGGUAGAAUAUGGGUUAACUAUAAACAUAAUUUUGAUAAUAUUACAAUAGCAGUUCCAACAUUAUUUGUAACAGCAACUUUAGAUGGAUGGGGUGAAAUAUAUUAAGUAGCUGAGAACAGUUAAUUUGCUGAAAUAGGUCCAUAAGGAUUUAAUUCUUAUAUAGUUACAUAUAUAUUCUUUUUGCUUUUUGUUUUCAUAGGAUCAAUGUUUUUCUUAAGUCUAUUCACAGGAGUUCUGUAUACAAAUUUAAAAAAGAAUUAAUAAGAGAUUGAGAAUAGUGAAGUAACUUAAUCAUAAAAAGAAUUCAAAAAGAUUUCAGAUAUGUUGAUAAAUGAUUUUCCUACUUUUUCUACUCCUCCAACAAGUGGAAUCAGGAAAAUUGCAUCAGAUAUUACAAAUAGUAUGACGAUAUAGAAAUGCUUAUUUUUUUUAUUGUGGGUAGAUUUUGUGAUCCUUUUAAUGUUUACAUCUACAAUGUCAGAUGAAUAUUUUAGAACAAUAAAUGAUAUUCAUAAUGGUUUGAGUGUUACUUAUUUUAUUUGGGUUUUAUUAUUAUUUUUAGCAUUAGGAGUAAAUAGAUUCUUUGAUAAUUUAUGGAGAAGAUUCUAUUUUUUCUUAAUUGUUAUAGCAGCAAUAGAUUUGAUUGCAGAUUAUUCAGCUGAUUGGAUAAUGAUAUACUAUAAAUCAACUCCAAAUGAUUAAGGCUAUUAAUUAUUAAGAUUGUUCUUUUCAUUAAGAAGUCUUAGAAUAAUUUUAAUCUUUUAAGGAUUUAUAAAUUUAUAAAGACUUAUAAAUGUUAUUUUAUUUGCUUUACCAUAUUUAGGAAAGAUUUUUUCAAUUUUAAUAAUUACAAUGUUAGUAUUUGCUUUAUUUGGUUGUUAAUUAUAUGGAACAAUAGAUGCAGGUUUAGUAUUAGAUGAUUAAUUAAAUUUUAUGGAUGCAGCAAGUGGAAUGAUGACUUUAUUUAAAUGUGCAUCUGGUGAUGAUUGGAGAACUAUUAUGACAGAUACUAUGCAUUAUAAUCCAUUAUGUUGGGAAGAUCCAAAAUAUUGUGGAACAUUCUAUAGUUAAAUUUAUUUCUUUUUAUUCAUGUUUUUUUCAACAUAUGUUUUACUUACUCUAUUUUUAUUAAGUUUAGUUGAAUAAUUUGAAUCCUUCUUCCAAUUAUAAAAUUCACCUAUACAAACUUAUGUAGAAAAUAUUGAUAAAAUUAAAACUAUUUGGUGCAAAUAUUCCUCAGAAACAUAAGGAUAAACUAUGCAUUAUAAAUUUCUAUGUCGUUUUCUCUUAGAUAUUGGAAAACCUUUAGGAGGUAGUGAAGAAGAAAACUUAUGGGAUGUUGCUAAAAUUGCAUCAUCAUUCAAAUUAAAAUGGUAAUAUUCAAUCUAUAUCUAGUGAUCAUUAUGGCUAUAUUUAAUAUAAUUAAUUGAUUUAUGAAUUAUUUAGAGUUAAAUUUCACUCUGAAGUUUUCAAAGAAGGCACAUCAGAUUCUAUCAAAUAAAUUAAAUAAUAUAAUAAAGAAACAUAACUUCGUCUUAUGUAUUAUCGAAAAAAUAGAAAUAUCGAAAGAACAAAUAUUAGUUCUGCUCUAUAACUCAAAGCAAAUUUCAAUAUUCUCCAUGAUUAUUUGACAGUUCUCAUUCUAUUUAAAACCUGGGAAUCCUAUAGCAAAAUUCUCAUUAAGAAACUUGCAGUCAAACAAAAUCAAUUUUCAGAUGAAGCCAUCUCUUUGGAUAGUGAAUUGUAGCAGAAGUAAUUUAAUAUAUUAUUCAAUCUUUUAGUAACAAUAGAAAUCCUAAUCAUCUUAUUGAACCUGAUGUCUUCGAAGGAUCAAUUGAUGAACCUGUUACUAAAUGUUAGAAGAAUGUUCAAUAACAUCAUAUUACUAAUGAGAGCCAUUACAAUUCAAAUUUUGAACUUCCUAUCUACAGAAGCUAAUAACCUUUUUCAGCCAGUGGUGAAGAACUUAAACUUAUUUUAUCAGCAAAAAAUGAAAAAUUAUAAAAUAAAUGA